CUGCAACGUCGUUGACUUUCGGCACACAGACCAACAGAAAUGGCCCCUAGCAAGCCCACCGUCCCCGAGACCAUCCUCAAGAAGCGCAAGGCCACCGAGAAGGUUGCCGCCGAGCGUGCUGCCGCUGCUGUUCUCCGCAAGAAGGACAACGCCCAGAAGCGCAAGGUCAUCUUCAAGCGCGCUGAGCAGUACGUCCAGGAGUACCGCAGCCAGGAGCGCGACGAGAUCCGUCUCCGUCGCCAGGCCAAGGCCACCGGCUCCUUCUUUGUCCCCGCCGAGCACAAGCUUGCCUUCGUUAUCCGCCUCAAGGGUAUCAACAAGCUCUCGCCCAAGCCCAGAAAGAUCCUUCAGCUCCUCCGCCUGAACCAGAUCAACUCUGGUGUCUUUGUCAAGCUCAACAAGGCUUCGCUCCAGAUGAUCCAGUGGGUUGCUCCCUAUGUUGCCUGGGGUUACCCCAACCUCAAGUCUGUCCGCGAGCUCGUCUACAAGCGCGGCUUCGCCAAGGUCGACAAGCAGCGCAUUGCCAUCCACGACAACUCUGUUAUCGAGAAGGCUCUCGGCCAGUUCGGCAUCAUUUGCGUUGAGGAUCUGAUCCACGAGCUCUUCACCGUUGGCCCCAACUUCAAGCAGGCCAACAACUUCCUGUGGCCCUUCAAGCUCUCCAACCCCACUGGCGGUUUCAAGGGCAAGAAGUCGAUCCACUUCAUCCAGGGCGGCGAGAGCGGCAACCGUGAGCACUUCAUCAACAAGCUCAUCCAGGCCAUGAACUAAAUGGCCUCGACGGGCUGUCGAAGUGACCUGCAGGGAAAUCUCCUUGAUUCAUGACCCCGCGCUGUAUUCUGCAAAUACAAACGUGUUUGAUAGAGGAAACGCAGUGCCCAGACCUGUGCCAUCGGAUGGCUCAAUACACCGUGUGGACAUCCGCAAUACCCAA